GUGUAUGACUAGGUUCAAGUACAACAAAAACGGUCAUACAUAUUAACGUUCGGGGGUGGUUAUAUAUAAGAUAUGGAAUUAGAAAUCUGAAUCUGCGUACUAUAUCCACACUAUAAAAACCUAAACUGUAAAAAUUAUAGAAGAUGGAGCAGAACCACUUAGUUGAUACAACAUUGCGUCAAUUUCAUCUCCAUCCUUAAGCUCCAGCUCAUCCGGUGUAUGAUACUCUCGAAUCCUAGAACCAUCCAAUAGAAAGCGAAACGUGUUCCACUCGACGCCUCUCAUUUCGGUGUAAUGUUCCAUCAACCUAAGCAACUUAGCGUUCCUUCUCACCUUAAACACUCGAACCCUAUCCUCGUCCUGACCCUUGACGUUUAGAGUAACAUGGGUAGACGACUCCGAGGCAACUUUAGGCUUUUCCCUUUCUUUUUUCACCUUACUUGUUUCAUAAACUCUGCUCAGAUCAUAAGGAGCGAUCUUUGGACGAUUUGUCUUAGAUCGCACCUUCGAUUGCAGGGUUGAAGUGUUGUCGCCGACUUGGCUACCUUCUUCGGACAUUUUUUUUUGGCUCAGAACAGUAUUACGACAGAAUGUCAAAAGAAAAGAGUUAAAUGGGCUGGGCUCAAAUAUUAGCGUAGGCUGGGCUCAAAUAUUAGCGUAGGCCCACCAAGUGAUUCUCUCCCGCUCUUACUCUUUUUUAAUCCUCGUUGAUCGGAAAAUUGAAUUCCCCCAAACAUAAAAGAAAAAAUGCAGAAAUCGUUCUCGUUGAUCCAAACGGUUGCAAUCUCCGGCGUAUUCUCCGCCGUCUCAUGCUGGUAUGGAUUCAUGUUUGGUAGAGAGUCCGCGAGAAAAGAGCUCGGCGGUUUAAUCGAAGAGCUCCGUCGUGGAAGUUCCAAUUCUGAUUCUACUCCACCACAUUCCUGAGUUAGACAUUCCGAUUUCCCAGGCGAUUUCGUUAUCUGUGUUGCUAAGUUAGUUUCCGAUUUCGAUUCAUUUUCCUGUGAAAUUUCCAGAAUGUUCAUGAUUAUUGUAUAAACGAUGUGUUCAUGAGUUAAUUUAAGUAUGAAAGAUUACAACAACAUUGUUUGAA